AUGAGUAAUAGUAAACUAAUUCCCAAGCUGUCUAUUCACUCUCCUAUCUAUCAUACCAACUUAAAUAUCCGGCCCACAGACCCACCUUUUAAGAAAGAAGACUUACAUCUGAUUUCAAAAGACUCCUUGGAAUCUGAUUCUGAAAGCCUCACUCAAGAGAUGAAGUCCCAGUGUGAAUUUGAGGACCAAAUCCAGGACAAUGAUUUGGAGCCUGACAGCUUAGAGGAGGAAAGCCCUCUGCGGGAAAGCCUGAGUGAGACAGAAGAGGAAGCAAGCAGAAAAGCAGCUCAGAUGGCCAGCGAGGAAAACCUCCACACCUGGGACAAUGACGCCAAUAACAGCCAACAACCAAUAGAAGACAAAUAUUCAGACCUCCGAUAUGACCCAAACUGGAAAAAUAAGAGAGAGGAAGGGCAGUUGUUGACUGUGGACGCGUUGCCGGAGUCUGCAGACAGCUCUCCAGAACGUCUGCCUUUGGAUCCACUCUACCCUUCCAAGGAGGGUUUGGUGGAACUCUCAGAGGGAAAAGGCAAACAGAAAAAGAGCUCACAGAGUGGCGCCUCCUUACUGGGUAGUGAAUUUGUAAGCCCAGACUAUGAGCAUGCAGCCCAUCGCAGUGAGCCAUUUUCAGAGCUGAGUGACAAUGACCUGGAGGAGAAAUCGAGUAACUUCUCUCAGUACGUGAAGAGUUCAAGUUCACAUAACGAGGUUUUCCUGCCAGGAUCACGUGGCCCUCGGCGAAGGAAGUCCAAACAAUAUUUUGUGGAAAAAAACAAACUGACUUUGGGAUUACCCACCCCUAAAACAAACUCUUAUCUUCAACUUCACCAACAAAGAGGGGAAACUCACCUAGAACAGAUCUCCUACCCUGUCACAGUAACUGACAAGACAUCUAUUCAGAAUGCCAAAGAGAUUGAAAAUGCUGUCAUCGAUCCUGAAGACAAAUGGCGUCAAAGAGCACAACAGCUAAAGAAUUACCAGGAACACUUGUCUCAGUAUGAAAGUACAAAAUCGAGCAAUGUACCAAGAGGUCAAUCUUCUGAAAUAGCUAAUGGCCAGAAACCUUCCAGAAGACCAGCCAAGCCCAAGAUUCGAAAACGGCAUAAACGCCAGAAUGGUCUGAAGUCUUCCAUGACUGAAGAGCUAGUUGUUAGUCAAGGAAACGAGAACAACACUCCCAGACAGCAACAAAACCAAAAUAAGCCUGUUGAUACUUCAAUAAAGCAUGAAUCAAUCGUGACUAUGAAUGCCACUAACAACAAUUUACAAGACUCAGGUGCACUUAGGAGCCAGAAUCCUAAAGUAACCUCCGAUACAUUUGCUCCACCAAAACAGGCUUUUGACAAGGUACUGUAUAAAAACUCUACUGGAUAUCACUCAGUGCUGAAUGUUAAUAAAGAAAAAGGACUCAAAGACCAAGAAGAAAAAAGAUUUUCCUACCAGCAGCUACACAUCAACACUCUUUCUAACGUGGACUUGAACAGCCUUAAUGAAUUUUCUAAGACACACAUGCUCCUGAGCCAGAAGGGCUCUCAGCCUGUUUAUGACAUAAGUGUUUAUGGAUCACCUGAAAAUAAGAAACACCCAAAACAGCCUUAUACAGAGACAAAAUACAAGAACUUAGAAAUGUUAUGGAAAUUCCAUCCUUCCUCGGACAGCCAACCUAUUAGAGCUUCUCCAGAUUCACGGCUCACUCAGAUCAUGGAGCAGCAUCAACAAGCCUUGGUGCAGCUGACCGAGGUGCAGCCCAGCGAAGGGGCCUUAUCCAGCGUCACGCUUCCACCUAUACUGUCAAGGGUAGAAAGUGAAUCCCAACUCAGUUCAGACAGAAGCCAAAGAAGCCAAAUGAAAAUUAGUCGUAGCAAUUCUGAAAGUUAUCUGUCUCAACUGGAAAAAGGGAAAAAGCAUAGGAAAAGAAGCGGCAUUAAGAGUUCCAAGCUGAAAGGUUAUCAGAAAAGAGACGUGAAGCUUGGAGGCCUUGGACCUGACUUUGAGUCCAUCAGAGACAAAAUGCAAAAAUUAAUACAGCAAAAGGAAUACGCAAAACAAGUUAAGGAGCACAACAUGAAGACACUAGCCGUUCUGUCAAAACCACAAACAGCGAAAACUGAAAAUAAAUCUGCCAUCCCUCGGCAGAAGGCUUUGGAAUAUGCUAAGACCAUCCCAAAACCCAAAAUACCAAAUCUGACUGGUCAAGCAUCAAAGGAAGAAAAAAACCCAACCUAUGCUGGAAAAGAAGAACGUUUACCUGAAAUCUCACUUUUGGAAAUACUGCAGAGCAGACACGAAAGGGAAAAGCAAGCUGUGGCUGCUUUCAAAGUCCUUCACAUUGUAUAGACAACAUCUUGUAGGAGACCAAAAACACUCCAGGAAUGGACAUGGAGAAAACAAACUCCAGCCAAUCUGUCUGCAUUGAAAGUGAUGACCAAUUACUAUCACCUAACUGCAGUUCAUGUGGCUUUGUGCAGGAUUUAAAAUAUGGGGCCCAAUCAGAUUAUGGGGCCAUAUUUUACUUUCUAGGAAGAUUUUUAGUUAUCUAUUUUCAAAUCAGAAUUUGGGCUGAAUAAGUACUAGAGAAUAAAGCCUUUG